AUGGAGAUGACCACUGCUGACACAUCCUCUGGUGGAUUGCUCAAAAUCGACAUGCAAAAAGCAGUGGUGAUCACCGCCCCCAAGACGGCGUCCGUAGUCACGGACCGCCCCAAGCCCGCUCUGCGCGAUGACUACAUCCUCGUCAAGACCGUGAGUGUGGCUCUUAACCCCACAGACUGGAAGCACAUCGAGUUCCUCGCUCCGCCGGGGGUGCUGGUCGGCUGCGACUACGCCGGGAUCGUGGAGGAAGUCGGCAAAGACGUCAAGAAGCCCUUCCGCAAGGGCGACCGCAUCUGCGGGUUUGCGCACGGGUCCAACGCGGUGCAGCCGGAAGACGGCACCUUUGCCGAGUACAUCGUGGUCAAGGGCGACCUCCAGAUGCACAUUCCCGAGUCGCUGAGCUUCCAAGAGGCGGCCACGCUGGGGGUGGGCAUUGUGACCGUCGGCCAGGCGCUGUACCAGAGCCUGAAGCUGGCUCCGCCGACCAACCCGCUCCCGCAGCCGGAGCCGAUUCUCAUCUACGGCGGCUCGACGGCCACGGGGGCGCUGGCCAUCCAGUACGCGAAGCUGUCGGGAUACCGGGUGCUGGCGACGUGCUCGUCGCACAACUUUGACCUGGUCAAGCAGCUCGGGGCGGAGGCGGUGUUUGACUACCGCGACCCGGCGUCGGCCCAGGCCAUCCGGGAGUACACGAAGGAUGGGCUGAAGCUGGUGCUGGAUACCAUUUCGCUGGCGGACACGGCCAAGUACUGUGACGAGGCCAUCUCCUCACAGGGGGGAGAUUAUACCGCGCUGUUGCAGAUUGAUAUUGCGCGGGAGAAUGUGAAUGCGCGCUGGACGCUGGGGUACACGGCCGUCGGCGAGGAGUUCAAGGUGCGCGAUACGGUGUUUCCGGCCAAGCCCGAGGACAAGGAGUUUGCGGAGCAGUUCUGUGAGUUGUCGGAACGAUUGCUGGCGGAGGGCAAGAUCCAGGUGCACCGGCCCAAGGUGGGAGGGGAGGGAUUGAAGGGGGUGCUGGAGGGCCUGCGCCUGAUGAAGGAGGGCAAGGUUAGCGGGGAGAAGCUGGUGUACAACGUUGGAGAGACUCCUUGA